UUUGAAGGUGGAGUCGGUUGGCGGGGUGCGGGCGUUGGCGGGAAUGGCGGAGACGGCGAGAAGAUCCGGAGGGAGCCGGAGCCCGGCUCGGAAACCCGAUUUACAUCCACCCACCAGGAGAAAGUCUGACAGAUUGUCAGCGACACAGAACGAAGACUGCUCAGCUCCAGUGGUCAAACGUUCAAUUGUUCUGAAAAAGAUUGAACCGCAGAGAAGCGUGCUUGCCAAAUCUAUCAUUGCAACACCAAGACGCAGCCCCCGAAUUUCCCCAAACGCCGCGAAGGAAAAUGUUGGCGGCGAUCUGGCGAGCACGCCCGGUGACAACGCCACACGGGUUAGCCCCUUGCUCCCCGGCCUGGCCAGCCCGGACCCCUCAGCCGAGACGGUGGACGCAGAGAGAAGCACGCUGAUGUCCCAGAAGGUGCGGCGCUCGUACAGCCGCCUCGGUUCGCACGGCGCCCACGCCGACGGCAGCUUCACGGCUUCCCCGGGCUCGGCCAGUGAGGCUUCGGACACCUCCACCCCCAACCAGUCAUCAGCAGUGGCGGCGGGCUCCCACAGAUCGUUCUUUGGCUUCGACAGGCUCCUGGCCAGCGACGCUGUGCCGGGGAUCUCGCCAGUGAAGCGCCUGACCCCCAAGGAGAAGACGGCGGAGCUGCCUGGCUGCGCCGGCGGCUCCCUCGUGUCGCUGGAUGUCAACAUCCCUGGCGUCGCCGUGGCCAAGGAGAGGAAGAAGAAACGCAGAGUCCCCCAGUUUGAGAUGUCAGCGUUGGACGAGUGGGCUGCUCAGAUGAACGCUAGUUUCGAAGAAGCGGAACGCUUUGACUUGGUCGUGGAGUGAUCAGCGGGGGAGCCACUCUCCUCCUGAGCUCUCAAAAACACUUUUUUCCAGAUGGGUUCAAAGUAGCAUGAGCUUCCAUAUACUGGAAUGUCCGAGAAGCAUCUAACUCUACCGGUACUUGUAGAAAUGUAGAAGGCAGAGGAGCCUGUGUUCAUCCUGCAGUGAGUGAAUGACUGCAGCUCUUUUGAGGCGUAUGUCUGUACCCCGUCCCCUUGGAACCUUACCAUUUGUACAAACGCUUGUCACCGUAGAAUCUCCACUUGCUGCCAGCUGCUACUCACUGCCAGCCACCGUCGUUACAGAUUGCCAGUCAGAGCACGGUUUAGGCUUUAGUGAGCUCUACAAAUGUGUCUGUCUCUCGCUGGGCACUUACGGCUUUUGAUCGAUUUUUUUUUAAACACAAACGCAGCAUCCUCCUGGAACCGGUCGACAACCUGGGUCAAAUGGUUACUUUCAGAAGUGCUAAUCUGGCACAUGAAGCUCAAAAGUGGCCUGGCAUGAUACCAUGGCCUGGUGAGAGAGGGUAAUGGUUUUUGGCCUGGGGAGGGGGGGUUGCAUAGACCACAGUCAUUGACCUGUCACUUCACUUUUCUGCCGACUUGCCUGUUUUUGUUUUAAAAUAUACAAUUUGUUUGUACAUUUUGAUAGCUCAACUUUUGCAAGGUGGAACAGAACAGCAGGAAAAUGAUCAGAUGUUAUUAUUUUUUAAAAAAUGAACACAGCAUACGUAUUUUUUUACGAUGCUAAUCCAUAGUCGAACCCAGAAACUCUGCCAGUACAUUGUCCCUCUCGAAGAGUGGAACUGAAUUAUUUCUUCGCUGAUUGAGAGGUGAUUUGAAGGAUCCUUCACUGAAUGCUGCUAACGCUUGGAUAGGGGGUGUUUUAUAUAGUUGACAAAUUGUUCCCACCCUGAUACCCGCAAACUCACUGGAUGUGGCUUCAAUUAUGUGUGAGGGGAGCCUGUGUGAUUAUGCUUGAGCACAUUUCCAUGUCCUCUCCAACCAGGGCUCAAUACCAGUGUGUGUUGGGCCCAGCUGCCUGGCCCCAUUCCCUCCUGCCCCAGUAUAGCUGUGAGCCAGCUGAAGCUUAUCAGAAGCCUGCUACACAACAGCCUGAUAAACAGUGAGCAAAACAUUACGCUGGGUAAAUAUUAUGUAUCGUGUAAUUCAGUAUCAACUAAAUAAAGCAUCAUGUUUGCCGUGUCCUGUUCCCUCUCUAAAGCAGCCUUUGUUACGUUUGAAAAGGAAAUUUUGCUUUUUGCUCGGAUUUCAGUGAGGCUGAGAGAAGUGUCAGCAACGCUCAUGUUAACAGAACCUUGAAACCCACACGCAGCAGCAUAAACAUCCAUCUCGUCUUCCCACAUUAAAUGGUUUUCUGGAACUUGUCCCUGCAAAAUGCAGGUGUUUACAGUUCUGCUGAUGGAUCAAGGGGUUAGCAAUUCCUAUGGGUCAAUUAAUACCUCAAUAUCUGUUCACCUUGACCUCUGGGAUUGCAUGCUAGCAGCUAAAUCCUCUUUCUCAAAUAAAUGUACAGUCCACACAAUGCGGUAUUAAACUUUUUUUUAAAUAUAUGAAGUGCAUUUUAUACCAGAAUUAAACUUUUUCUGGCCACUUAUGUAAAACAACUAAACUCUGCAGCAAUUAGAUAUAAUCGCUUCUUUAGCAAACUGAUUCCAAGAAAGUAGGUAGGGCCACUUUGUUUCUAUUUUAAUAAUUAGAUUUUCACUUUGUGUAGGUAUAGAGAUAGCCUCACGCAUCAGACAUCUUGCUGCUGGUAGUUUGGUCAGUUAUUGUAUAUAAUAAAGUGUGAGACUGGAUGAACACA